UCCAACUUUAACCAGCGCACUACUUUCCGCAGUAACCAUCAAAGCCGCGGCUAACCAGAGACAUAAGUGGAGGAAAUCUACUAAAUUUCAGAAACAACUGUCACAAUUUCAAGUCAAUCUUACACAGAAUUCAUACUAGGUUGUGAAUAUAACAUUAAAUAUUUAGUCUUGUGACAGAUCUAUCGGAUAUUUGUAGACAUUCCGACUCAACAAGGAUCGAGAACCAAGAUGUCGUAAGAAUGGUGUAAGCACUUAAAACGGAUAUUGGACAUUCAGCGUUUCAGCACAAAUCCCAAAUUUUUGCGUUAUGUUGCAAUGAUUCCUAAAGAAGAUCAAGAAAGCCUCUUAGAAGAGUGCCUAUGCAAUGUUAGGCAACAUGCAUGUCAGAUGGAAUGUUCUCUGGAUAAACGGUAUCUGGUGGAUGCGAUACAGCAUGCGGCUAAUAUGGUUAUGGAAAUGAAGAACUGCAGUCUUUCACCGAAAGCAUACUAUGAACUUUAUAUCGUUGUUACAGAUAAAUUGCGCAUUCUUGAAUCUUAUCUCAUUGAAGAACACAAAAACGGACGUAAAGUCUUGUAUUUAUAUGAGACCGUUCAGUACAUUUCAAAUAUACUUCCUCGAUUGUACUUGCUUAUCACUGUUGGAGUUUAUCAUAUUAAAUGCUCUGAAUUGUCACGACGUGAAAUUCUUCGUGAUCUGGUCGAGAUGUGUUCUGGUGUACAGCAUCCUACAAGAGGUCUCUUUCUAAGAAGCUAUCUGUUACAAUCGCUACGCAGUGAUCUCCUUCCAGAUAUUGAGGACUCCCCAUCAACACCAACACCAGUGAAUGCAACUGUUAACGAUGGUGAGAAUACUCAAAAUGGUACUGAGCUGACUUUAGAGGAAAAUAAAACAAAUAAUCAUACUAAUAAUAUUGAUGAAUCAGGUGUUAGUCAAAAGUCAACUCCUGUUUAUCCACAAGGAACUAUUGAAGAUAGUAUAAAUUUCUUGUUAUUCAAUUUCUCAGAAAUGAAUAAACUUUGGGUACGUAUGCAACAUCAGGGGCAUACUAGAGAUCGUGAAAAACGUGAACAAGAACGUCGUGAAUUACGUCUGCUUGUUGGUGCAAAUUUGAACAGAUUAUCUCAACUUGAAUCGAUUGAUGUUGAAAAGUAUAAAACGCAAGUACUACCACCGAUUUUGGAGCAGAUCAUUGAAUGUCGUGAUGUCAUUGCACAAGAAUAUCUUAUGGAUGUAAUUAUACAAGUUUUCCCUGAUGAAUUUCAUAUGGUCACUUUACCACUGUUAUUGCGUACAUGUAAUCAUUUACAAUCAGGUGUUAAACCGAAGCCAAUUGUUUGCGGUCUUAUUGAUCGUUUAUCAAAGCAUGCUGCAGCUGAAUUGGAAGCUGGUCGUGAAUUAAAAAUUCAAGUCUCAUGUAACAAUAAUAAUAUUAAUUCACCAAUAAAAGAAGACGGAUUACGUCAUCAUCACACUGAUAAAAGUAAUCAUAGUAAUGGCGACGAGAGUGUUAACACUCCUUCUUCGUCUUCUUCAGCCAAUAAUGAACAAGAGGAAGAGAAUGAGGAGGACACAUCUCCAUCAGUACUUCCUGUAGCUGAUGAAUUGAGCAGGCCUACUCAACUCAGUGAUGAGAUGCAAGCAAAUAACAGUAUUCAUGAGACUAUUGAUACCACCAAAACGACUAACAAUAAUAAUAAUAAUAACAGCAGUACAAUACCAGCCGUAACCGAUCUCUUCUCCUUAUUUUUCGUUGAAGUCAGUCAAUUAAUUCAUACACGUUUAGCUCUAUGUGAAUUAACCUAUAAAAAUAUGCAAAUGUCAUGUUGUAAUAUGAAAAAUCGGCCUACAAUACAAACGGUAGCUGCAUUGAAUGGCUUACCCUUGGAGGAUAUACCAGCGUUUUAUUCAGCCCUGGUUUAUUUAGCUAUGAUAUUACGACCGAAUAAUUGUGCUCCAUUAAUUGAUAUUUGUUUAAAUGCUACAGCUGAUUCACUGCAUCAUGUUGGUCUUUCAUUAAUACCAUCUGGAUCUUCAUUAUCACGUGAUUUACUCCGCCUGCUCUACUUACCCCUAGACGGGACAUUUCCUCAGUCAAUGAGUGGUGUUCAUCGUAUCAGCGCUCCAUUGACAGCACUUAGUGAUCUACGAACAGUACUAGGCAUGUCUGGCUUUCGACGUCUAGUCUCACUAUUGGACCCAAAAACUACAAAAUGUCGACUGGCCUAUGAUUUGUUGAAUGCAGCAUUAGAACGAGAUCAACGUCAACGUCAGCAUAGUCAAUAUCCUCAAUCCAAUCGUCAUGAUACUACUACAACUACUACGAAAGAUUCAUCUGUUGGCAAUACAUCGUCACCGGCGUAUUCAUCACGUUUAACUACUGAAACAGAUUUAGAUAAUCUAUUCGAAUUAAUCGAUGGACUGUUGACAACUGAUCCGAAUACAUGUGAAGAUGUGAAUGAAUUCACGGAAGCACAAAGUUUAAUAGCUGGUAUCCUUCAUAUUCUAGGUCCAAGUCCACAAAGUAUCGAUCCAGAUAUGUGUUUUAAGUUGUAUUCAAAAGCACAACAACACUUGGAACAAGCUGGUCAUGCUAUUGUUCGUUUCAAUUUUCCUGCACUUGUAUUUCAGAGUUUACAAUUAAUUCAAACAUAUUAUGAAUUACGUGAACAAAAUGCAGAUUGGGAAGAAAGUGUUACACGAGUUAUGCAAUUUUGUCAUCGAUGUUGUACGUGUUUAGUGGCAGCAGAUGCAUCUGAAUCAGCUUUACGCUUAUUUUUGCAUUCAGCCCUGGUAAUUGAUCGGAUCAGAUUCAAAAAUCAAGAGUCUAUGAUAUAUGAAUUUAUUUCACAGGCAUUAACACUUUACGAAGAAGCUGUGUCUGAUUCACAUGCUCAGGUUGAAGCGAUUGCAUUAAUCACAAGUACGUUAUGUCAAAUCACCUGUUUCACUGGAGAUAAUCAGACUACACUGCGUACACAGUGUACACGAGCUGCUGCACGUCUUCUACGUAAACAUGAUCAAUGUCGAGCUGUCUGUGCAAGUACGCAUUUAUUUUGGCCUACAAAACCAUUGACUCGACAAGGAAUUAAACCAAGUGUACUUAUUCCUGUGACAGAUAAUAAUCCUGAGAUUUCUACAUAUGCAAAAUUAUCUGAGGGGAAUGAAUUACCCGAUGAAUAUUAUGAGAAGUUACGUGAUCCAAAAGGUGUUGUCUCAUGCUUAGAUCGUGCAGCUAGAUUUGCUAGAGAAUGUAUGGACACAGCGGUUCGUACACAAUUAUUUAUAGAUAUACUGAAUUUAUCGGUUAACCUGCGUAUAUCUGGUUGUCAUGAGAUAACUGAUCAGCGUAUCAAUGAUAUAUUAGGGGAGAUCCGAAGUCUGCUGAAAGAUUUAGAACCGUCGCCAAUCACUGAUCAUAUAACAAUACAUUUUAAAAAUACUUUAAAUUAUAUACGCUAUGAACAACAACACCCCCAACAGAAUGCUACUUCAUCUGCUGAUAUCUCCUCUUCCACCACCGUUCUUUCAAACGGUAAUGAUAUUACAUCUUCGAGUGAAAAGUUAUUCGCAUCUGUUCAACUUCAAUAAUGAUCCUUUAUGGUGAUGUUGAACAGUUAUGGCUCUUUCUCUUUAUCAAUUGGCGCUAGAGGGCACGUACUGUGAAAGGAUCUUCUUCGUUACUUCUGUUGUUGUUGUUCAUCAUUCCCAGUGAUCGAUCUCAUACAAAGUAUUCUUCUUCUGACGAUGAUGAUUAGGACUAAUCAGUGUUUAUUUUGUUUUUUUUUUACUUUUUUCAACCUCUAUUCAUCCUCUGAUUUGAUUGAUUUUCGUCCAUUAUACAUCAUCAUCAUAAUAAUAAUAAUAUACAAAAUCAGUUUCAGUGUACUUCAUGUGUACGCUUCCACACACACACACACACCGGAAUACUACCUAAGAAGAUGAUUAGUAAAUCUAUCUGAGCUUAUUGUGUAAUUGCAUUUCUUCUCUUCUUUGAUUUGUUCUUUUUUCAAUCACGAAUUAUGCAACCGUUGAUCUUUACGGCUAUUAAACCUAGCAUACUGAUAAGGAAGGCAUGUGGAAACUGAUGGUGGAACAACGGGGUGGCUGGCGAGGAGGAGGAGGACCAGGAUAAUGAUGAUGAAUAGGCCGAGAAAACUGUUAAGAUUCAUCGCUAGGCAAAAAAUUGUUACUAAUUUUACUUAUGAUUAUGAUUAUUAUUCAUUAUCCAUUUAUAUAAUCUAAAUUCAUACUAGUUUGUCUUUCGUAGAUUGUCUAUUUAUCUGUGUCACACAUUUGUUGUAUGUAACUUUGAUCUAUUCACCAUUCAUUCCUACAGGAAAGUACAUCUUUUUUCUGUCCACUUACCUACAUAUAUCACUACUGUGACUAGUCAUAAACAACAGAUGAUGGGAUGGAUGGUUUGGUGGCAGGGAAACAAAGGAUUAGAACACCCUUGUGUUCGAGGUGGGUAUGAUGGGUGUUUAAUCCCUGUGUGUGUCAAAUACACUCACACACACAGAGACGCAUAUAUGAUUUCCUUCUUUCAUUCGCCACCAACUGACCAUAAAUUAUUCUUUGCUUGUUUUCUAAACAUCACAUUCAAUUUCAAUAGCUUUCUUUAUUGUUUCUCUUGUACAACACAUACUGAAUAAUAUUCAAUCAUUUUUUCUUCUUUUAUAUAAUAAUGAACUUCUAAUGUGUAACUGAGAUCAUAAUUGAUAUAUGCUAUGCUAUUUAAUUAUAUUGAUUGUUUCC